AUGUGGUGGCUGCCGCCUUGCUUCCACGGCGGCGGCGCGGCCAAGGGAGAAGGCAGAGACCACUUCGACCCCGUCCCCGUGUCCCCGGCCGGGGCCUCGGCGCGGUCCAUGAGCACGGCCACGUCGUCCACCAUCACCGCCCCGUCCGGCUCCGACCUCACCGGCUCCAUCAACGCCUCCGACCUGAGCGCCGACUCCAUCCAGCGCCCGCAGCAGUACCCGAGCUUCGCCGACAGGCCCGCCAACCUCCGGGUCUUCACCUACGCCGAGCUGCGGGCCGCCACCCGCAACCUCAGCCGCUCGCUCAUGCUCGGCGAGGGCGGCUUCGGCUGCGUCUACCGGGGCGCCAUCAAGGUCGACGCCGGCGCCGGAGACGAGACGCCUCCCCCGAUGGAGGUCGCCGUCAAGCACCUCAACCGGAACGGGCUUCAGGCAAGAUACUGCAUACAGAUAUAUACUCCACCAACCACAUAUUCACAUUGCUCUCUGGUGGCUCUGUCGGCCAGUAAAAUUAAUGGCGAAUUUGAUGAUCUUGAUCAGGGGCACAAGGAGUGGCUGACGGAGGUGAACGUCCUGGGCAUCGUGGACCAUCCCAAUCUGGUGAAGCUGGUGGGCUACUGCGCCGACGACGACGAGCGAGGGGCGCAGAGGCUUCUGGUGUACGAGUACAUGCCGAACCGGAGCGUGGACGAUCACCUGUCGGGCAGAGCGAUCGGGACGACCCUGUCGUGGCCUAUGCGGCUCAGGGUGGCUCUCGACGCCGCCAAGGGGCUCAAGUACCUGCACGAAGACAUGGAUUUCCAGAUAAUUUUCCGGGACCUGAAGACGUCAAACAUUCUGCUGGAUGAAGACUGGAACGCCAAGCUGUCAGACUUCGGCAUGGCUAGGGAAGGCCCGACGGAGGGCCUCACGCACGUCUCCACAGCGGUGGUUGGCACCCUGGGGUACGCGGCACCGGAGUACAUCCAGACGGGGCGGCUGAACGCCAAGAGCGACAUCUGGAGCUACGGGGUGCUGCUCUACGAGCUCAUCACGGGGCGCCGGCCCAUCGACGGGGAGCGGCCGAGGGGCGAGCAGAAGCUGCUGGACUGGGUGAAGCCCUACAUCUCCGACACCAACAGGCUGAGGCUGAUCGUGGACCCCAAGCUGGAGGGGCGGUACAGCAUCAAGUCGGUGGCCAAGCUGGUCACCGUGGCCAACCGCUGCCUUGCCAGGCUGCCCAAGGCGCGCCCCAGGAUGGGGGAGGUGCUGGACAUGGUGCAGAAGGCCGUCGACGUCGACGGCGUCGGCGCCGGCGCCGGCGCUCCUCCGCUGCACCACUACAGCAACGGCGGCAGCAGGGAGGAGGGAGGCAGCUCCAAGCUGAAGCAGGAGGGCAAGAAAGGGUUUCAUGGUCAGUGGCGAGGUGGAAGAGGGAAAGGGCCCCUCAUGUGCUGA